ACGGGUACUAUUCCACCAGCAUCCAACCAAUGACAGGCAUUGAUGUGUGUACUCAGUCCCUAAGUGUUUUGUAUCUUCGUGGAGGAAGGUGCAUCCUGUGCACUUCCAGAAGCGGACAUUGCUUCGUGGUUCAGCGUCAGAUAUCACAGCAGAUGAGAUACACCAGGAGAGGAGAGUCAUAAAUAUGAAGAGCAAGCUGACAAUGUUGUAUGGGGCAGCGUGGGUGGUGUGGACGUGUGGGGUGGCUGACAGCUACCCACGUCCUCCCAAUGUUCUUGUGUUUCUGGCAGACGACCUGGGCAUCGGUGACCUGGGAUGCUAUGGCAACUCCACCAUCAACACUCCCAACAUCGACAGACUCGCCACUGAAGGUGUCAAACUGACUCACCACCUGGCAGCAGCACCUUUCUGCACCCCGAGUCGUGCUGCUAUGCUCACUGGCCGGUACCCUGCACGCUAUGGUCUGGUAUACAAAGCGCCGGUGCUGGCGCCAGUGAUUGUACACGCAGCCAGCCGGGCAGCUUUACCCCUUGACGAAGUGACCCUGGGAUCUGCCCUAGCUGCUGCCAACUAUACCACCGCUCUAAUAGGUCAGUUCUGA